CCAAUUUAACCACUCCAAGAAAAACCAUCAGACAACAGUCACGUAAGUAAAAUUCAGUAGAAGAAAGACGAAGCUGAGGAUCAAGAAAUUGCCCAAUUCCAAAAACCCUACACAUAAGAUUCCAAGAACUCAGUUUUGGGGGAUUCUUUGAUUCUGAUUCCCUGCAUGUUUAAUCCAAUUCAUUUACUGGGAAGCACCAAUAAUUCUAACUUGGGGAUUAUAAAAUGUGUCCAUCUGCACCUUUCUCUCCUACAACUGAAGAUAUUGGUUUAUGUUGGCCUGGAGAGCUGCUAGUUAUGUGUUUGGAGAGAAUGAUAUGUGGGGAUCCUAUCCCGGCUAACGUAAAUACUGAAAUAAACCCUUACCUUGAUUUGCCAUGGUUAUUGAAUGAUAGCAUUUGGUACUUGCAUUCGUGGGAUCUUAAAGCUUCUGAAACUGGAUACUGGAUGGAGGCUGAGGAGGAGUGCGAAAUACAUACAGAUAGUCCCACCAUUGGUUCAAGAAGUACUCUCCAGUUCUUCAGUGGCCAAGCUCCUGAUGGGGAAAAAACUAACUGGAUGAUGCAUGCAUACAGAAUACAGCAGAAGAGACUCCUUGAAAUCAAUAAAGAAGGGAAUUCCAGUUCACUUUGUAGAGUUUUUACAAAGCGAGGUCAGAGUCCAAGCAACAAGGAAGAACAACAUGGUUCUGGCGGGUGCGAUGGCAUUGACAACAAUGCGUUGCUUAAUUCGACGGAAUUAGAUCCCAACUUAAAACAUCCUACCAUCAAGUGUCAGGUGAUCAGUAAGAAUGAGAAGCAUGACCCUACGAAAGUGUCUGACAGACAACCAAUUCCUGCUAACUCCAUUCAUGACAAUGAGAUCUAUGACUUUUCUAUGGGAGAUUACUUGGAAUUGGAAGACCUCAAUGAUCCAUUAGAAUCGUCUUUUUCCAGUUCAGAAAAUUCAAUAUGUUCGACUCUGGCGUCAUCUGAACACUUCGACUACUUCGAUUCAUCAGCUUUGUUGCGGGAUAUGGAUAAUGAUCUGGAUACGCAGAGGAAUCACACAGAUAAUAUUUCUGGAUUACUCAGACCAGUUAAUGCGGCUGUCAGAGGGGAUUCUUCAGGUGCUGAGCAGCAACUUCUGGAUACAGAGGCGUUAGAGGAUGCUCGAAAUAGACAGACUGCAGGCGACCGCGAUGUGAAUGAGCUAACAAAUUCAUCACAAGAUGAAGUGGCAUCGUCCUCGUCAUCCAAUUCAAAUGGUAGUGUUAGAGCAGCAGCUUCACCUACUUCAUCGGAAAACAAAGAUGAUGUGGCUGGUAGGAGGCGCAGCAGGAGUAGGAUAGCAAAACUUAGGAAGAAGUAUUUGUGCUUCAUAUCCUGCUAGUUUCUCAUGCUCCGCCAGCACGCCACAAACUUCACAUGAAUAUGCUGUGAUGAUACCUUAGUUACACUUUUGUAGAUAGGUCUUAUGAUAUAUAUCCCUGACUUCUGGGAGCUAAAACAUUAGAGUAUUGACACGAAUCCAUCAUGUCUUUGUCAUGUAGUUCAGUCUGAGUGUACUAAUAGUGUGCAGAGAUUACAUUUUGGUAUUUUACACAAUAACAAGACUUCUCAAGUUUUCCAAAUGAAUCAAGGAUUCGACCGGUGUAGAAGGUGUAGUGAAUAGCUGCAAAGUGGAGCUUUCAGAUGAGGGAUUAGCCUGACUGACCACUGGGGUGGUGGGUAGGGUCCGUAAAUUUUGGUGAACUUGUUAGUGAACUUUUUAUUUGUAAACAUGAAUGAUAGAUAGCCGAGGCAAUUUUGUGUGUUACUGUAAAAAAAAAUCCCUGCUGAGACUGAGACUGUAUUUCGUGAUGUAAUUUCAUGUCUUUACUAGCUCCUUUUGAUUCAA